AUCUAUUUGAAUUUUGACGUUUGGGGCUUUGGGCGUGAUUGGAAUCCAAGGAUUUGGAUUUGGAAAUGGAAUCGGAAUCUUCAUUUGACGUUUGAGUUUGAGAUUGGAAUUUGCUUUGGCCGCCUGGGAUAUAACUUAAUUUACUCUUUGGGCCUGGGUUUGGUUGGAAUUUGGAUUCAUGGAUUGGUUUGCGUCCCCGCGAGAAUAAAUCGCGUAUUUCUACUCUAUGUCGCGUAUGUUACUCGCAGUCAAUGUGGUUUUUUAUUGGUGAAGUAAUGAUUGAGUGUCCUGCGCCUACUGUUUUCGUGAAACUGUUGAGCAGUCAAGAGUGAGCACUAAAGGCAAAAAGCGUAGCUUGAGGCAACGACAACAAGGAUGAUUUGAGGCUUUAUCAUAUUAUAACAUUCUAAAUACUUGACUCAAAGGAAAAUACAAUGAAAAUGCAGUGCUGCGUGCCUUUUUGCAAAAAUGCAUCAGACAAUACUUCAUUUGAGGGAGCAGAAAUAACAUUUCAUGAAUUACCAAGUGAUAUGUAUUUUCGUACUGCUUGGUUCUGCGCUCUCGGCUUAAAAGACUACUACCUGACGGACCCUGCUGUGGUCUGCUCAAAACAUUUUUUAGAUGAUGAUUUUCAUGAAUCAAAAGGCUGUGUAAGGAACAUUCGCACUAAUGUUAUUCCUUCAACAGUGCAGAUGUGUAUGAUAUGCCUGGACACUGAUAGCAAGCUGUUUCUAAUGAGCAAAUACAAAUUGGAGGAGGUAUAUGAACAGCUAAGUGGACUGUCUUUGUUCCAGUUGUGUCACCGAGGAAACCUGAAGCAAACACUCUGUGUGCUGUGUGCUCAGAGAUUGAUUAACUUCAGUAAAUUCAGAGAUUUGUGCUUGAGAAGUCAUACACUGAUGACUGAUUUAGUUGAAAAACAUGACAUAAUUACAAUACAACAUAAAGAAUUGAUAGACAAUACAAUAAAGAAUUUAAAGUAUAAUUUUACACAGACAACAUUAGAUGCUAACCACUGUGAUUUGUACAUAGACCACACUGAUGAAGAAGAGCAGAGAACAGCAGAGGAAUCUGUAGUGGGAGAUGUUGCCACAGUUAUGGUGAAGAUCGAAUCGAUGUCGAGUUUUGAGUCUGUAAAUGAUAAUUAUGAUCACAUAGAUGUUUCCAAAAAUGAUAGUGUAUCUCAUGAUGAUUACUCUGAAUUGAAUGUAAAGUUGGAAGUACCAGAUGAAGGUACAAGUGAAGGUCUGCAUAAAAAAUCUGGUUCCUGCACUGCCGUUGCAGAAAACGAGACUGAAAUAGAGAUUACCAUAAAGAGUGAAAAUGCUGUUUUUGAAUGUAAAUCCUGCUUUGAGGUCUUUGUACACAAAAAUGAAUACAAUAAACAUAUGAACUUGCAUAUUCCGAAAGCUGACGGCAAUGUUGCAAGUAGUGCAUCACUGGUCUCUAAAGCGUGCGUGACUGCAAGCUGCAGCUGGGAUUCACCUAAGAAAAAGAAAGGCCGUCAGAAGAUGAAUUAUGACCCUGCACCGUCAGCUGACUCCACUCAGUGUUUAGUUGCUCCACUGUCCACGAGACUUCCGAUAGACACCAAUAACAAAAUGAAAGAAUCUAUAGAAGCAGGUGCGACCCAGACAAGCGAACAAAUUCAUGAAACUAGUUUUGGCGAUAUCAACAAUCAAUCAUCUCAGCAGCCCAAAAAAGUUGUACUAGAUGAGAAUCCACAAGUCAGAACCAUCACUGGUACAAAAUCUUAUUCUUGUGAGACAUGCAACUAUAAAUGUACAAAGAAAAAUCUUUUGUUCAAACAUAAGAGAACCCACACUACCGAGAAGCCUUAUUCUUGUGAAAUAUGUAAUUACAAAUGUGCUACUAAAUAUUAUUUAGCAUUGCAUAAGAGAACCCACACCGGCGAAAAGCCUUAUUCUUGUGAUGUAUGCAAUAAUAAAUUCACACGAAAUAGUAGUUUGUUCAAUCACAUGAGAAUCCACACUGGAGAGAAACCUUAUUCUUGUGAGAUAUGCAAUUACAAAAGUAAACACAAACAGCAUUUAUUAAUACACAUGAGAACACACACUGGUGUAAAACCUCAUUCUUGUGAGAUAUGUAAUUAUAAAUGUUUACAAAAAGCAAACUUAAUUAAACACAUGCAAACACAUACUGAUGAAAGACGUUUUUCUUGUGACAUAUGUGAUUAUAAAUCUGCAUUUAAAUAUAAUUUAAUUUUGCAUAUAAGAACCCAUACUGGCGAGAAGCCUUAUUCUUGUGAGGUAUGCAAUAAUAAAUUUACACAAAAAAGUAGUUUAUUAAAACACAUGAAAAUCCACACUGGUGAGAAGCCUUAUUCUUGUGACAUAUGCAAUUAUAAAAGUUCAGAUAAAUAUACUUUAGCACGACACAAGACAAUCCACAUUGAAUGAAAAGCUUUAUUCUUGUGAGAUGUGCAUUUUAAAUGUGCAGAUAAAUAUAGUAUAGCACAGCACAAGAUAACUCAAAUUAAGUGACAAAAAGUCUUAUACUUGUGCAAUAUGCAAUUAUAAAUGUGCAGAUAAAUAUAACAUAAGUCAAUCCAUACUAAUGAGAGCCUAAUUCUUGUGAGAUAAUGCAUUUUUAAAUUAACAGAUAAAUAUAGUGUAGCACGACACUAGACAGCCCACAUCAAGUGAUAAGUCUUAUUCUUGUGAGGUAUGAAAUUGGCUAUUUCACAAGUAUUUUAAAACUUACGCUGGCUCACUUUAAACAUUUUACAAUAUUUUUUUUAUUUUUCAUAAAUAUGUUAUAUAACAAAAAUAAAAAUGUGUUUUUUGAUUCAUUAAAAAUUCACGCGAAAACUUCCUUUAUCAGCUGUGACCUCACGCCGUGAAAAACGCCAGACGAAAAUCUACCUUAAGAACUAAUAAAAAUA